AUGCCGCGCGACCGAAGCGGCAGCGGCGCGGCUCCCGCGUUCGCCUGGGGGGACGACCGUGAGGCCUUGGCGGCGACGGGCGUCGCGCUGGUGGCGGGCGGCGCGGCGCACCCGCUGGGCUGGCAAGAGGCUUCUCAGGCGCCUCCCUCCCACGCCUCCUCCGGACCGCGCGAGAAGGCUCGCGCGCACCACAGCCGCCACGCCGGCGCCGAGGGCUCUGGCGCCCGCCUCCUCAAAGGCCUCACUGUGCGGAAGACGUUCGUUCUCGGCAGCUACGCCUUUCGCCUCUCACCCACGGAGAAGAAAAAGUACAACGACAUGACGCACAAGUGGACGUGCCUGCUGCGGGCGCUGAACGGCGAGGACCUGACCUACUGCGUGAAGAAAGUCGUCUUCGAACUCGACCCUUCCUUCGUGAACCCCAAGCGAACUCUCUCUUCGCCGCCUUACGAGGUCUCCGAGGCCGGUUGGGGCGAAUUCCAAAUCUGCGUGAAAGUUUACUUUCUCGACGAGUCGCUUCCGCCUGCUGAACUCCGACACUUUCUCAGGCUCAAUCCCGAUGGCGGACAAGUGGUGGGGCCCUGCGUCGCCUCGGAGACGCUGGAUGAAGUGCUGAUUCAUGAGCCUAAAGAGAGCUUCUACGACGUACUGAUGGAAGGCCCUCACAGGCCCGCCGCUCCGCAUCCUCUCGAGCGCUACUUCCUCCAACAUCAGCCGCGGUUUGAUGAACAAAUGAAACUGCUGAUGGGCGCCCAGGGUUUCGUGCAGUCGGAGAGCAUGAACCUCAUGGCGGAGGCGUUCGCGCUGACGAAUCAGAUCCGACAGCUCCAGGCCGCAUGCGAUCCCCGGGUGUACCAACACCUGCAGAGUCAGAAUCAGGCGUCCCUGGCUGCGCCCGCCUCCGCGGCAGCUUCUCAAGCGGCUUUCCCUGCUCCAGGCGUUGUGCAGGCUUCGCAGGCGCCGCCCAGCGCCGUCGGAGGCGGGUCUCCCGCCCCCGGGACGGGUCACAAGGACCCAGCAGCUUUUCCGCCCCAGGGGUCGGCUCAGCAGGAUGUCUUUCUCUCCGCUCCGCACGCCCAUGCCCCGCAGGCCGCGCCUCGAGGGGGCACAAAUCCAGCCGCGGCUGUCGCGGGGGCCAGCGCGGCCCCCGCAGCACCCCACCCAGCGUUUGGAGGGGCGCCCGCUCAGACGGACCCCCAUGCCGCCCCGGCCGCGGCAGGAGCUACCCCAGGCGGGGCACAGCCCGGCUCUGGUGCCCCGUCGGCAGCCAUGGCCUUUCCCGGCGGCGCCACACAAACCUUCGACUCCGGCGUCUCUCCGCCGUCUUCGGCCCCCCACACCGGCGCAGGGACGCCUGUCCCUGCCUCGGGUGCCGCGCCGGCGGUUCCGGGCGCCGCUGGGGUUCCAGGCCCGUCGGGGUCCGCAGGGGCCAGUCCGGGUCCGAUGGCGGGCCCAGGCGGGGUCGGCUCCCUCGCGCCGGCGAUGGCCGCCCCGGGGGCCUACGCUUUGGUCAGUGGGCACGCAGCCCUGUUUGGAGCCGCAGGGGGCGGUGAGAAACCCCCGGGUUUCGACCAGCAGGCGCUGCAUCAGCAGAUGCUUCUGCAGCAGCAGCAAGCGCUCAUGCAUCAGCAGCACCUCUAUCACGCUCAGCAGCAACAGCAGUACAUCAUGCAGACUGCGGGCGUCUUUUCUGCGUACCCUGGAGAAACGAAGAGGGAACCCGGCGGGGCUCCGGGGGUCGCUCAAAUGCCCGCGCCCUCUGCGCCCGCGCCCUUCGCACAAGCUCCUGGGGGGGGAGCCUACCCGGCCAGCGGGGGAGUCGCUGUCCAGCCGGGCCCCGCGGGCCUUGCGUUUCCGGGGCGCAUGGGCGAGACAGCAGGGCGGCACGACCUCGGGGCUGAAGGCGGCGGGGCUCAUGCCAUGGGAGGGGGACACCUGCAGCCGAAAGCUUAA